UGGUUAGAGACCCUCUCAGAAAGUGACUGGGCCCAAUGGUGCAUUUGGGGAAAUGUAGUCGUUGUUGAUUUGAAUCGAUGACGUCGGCGAAAGGCUGUGUCAUAUUUGCAAACAUUAGGAAACCCAGGCAAAUGUGGAGCGGGGUAGAAGAGUGGUGUAGAGGUGUGAGACCCGGCAAGACCUGUUCUGGCACCGGGCUUGUCUCUCACAUACAUGCAGCCGCGCAAACUGGAGGGGCAAAAUGGACAAACACUCGAGUUGCAGCAGCUCAGAUGGCGCUGCGCCUCACACCAAUUCAAACAGAAAACUCUCUCGGAGUCUAGCGAGCUCUGGGUCUCGUCCGUCGAGCAUGGAGACCUUAGACAGUCCCACAGGUGCCCAUGUUGAAUGGUGCAAACAGUUAAUUGCAGCCACAAUCUCAAGUCAAAUCUCAGGGCCCAUCGCAUCAGAAACCAUCUCUCGAGACUAUAAGGACUAUGAUGGUGUUAAAGGAUUUCUCUCGGACAGUGAUCCUCAGCAUACGCCCUCUUCCUUGGCACUGAGGGAAGGUAAUAAGCAAGCACAGAUGGAGGAGGCUCCACGUGUACCAGGGGAGACCAUCAAAGCCAUAGCCAAAGACGUCAUGUACAUCUGCCCUUUCUCUGGAGCUGUGAGCGGCACCCUGACAAUCACCGACUACAAGCUUUACUUCAAAAGUCUCGCUCGGGAUCCUCCUUUUGUUUUGGAUGUUAACCUGGGAGCUAUAAGCAGGUUGGAGACAAUUGGGGUGCAAAGUCAUGGAGAGAACACGCGGGGCCUAGAAAUAGUCUGCAAAGACUUAAGAAACCCAAGGUUUGCCUAUAAAAAGCAAGAACAAAGCAAGCUGGAGAUCCUUGAGGUGCUGUCCAAGUAUGCGUUCCCUCUCUCUCAUGACUUGCCUCUUUUUGCCUUCAGGUACCAGGAGAAGUUCCCAGAAGAUGGCUGGAAGGUUUAUGAUCCUAUAGCUGAAUACAAGAGACAGGGUCUUCCUAAUGAGAGCUGGCUCAUCAGUAAGAUUAACAGUAGUUAUGAGGUGUGUGAGACAUACCCAGCGCUGCUUGUCCUGCCUGCCAGCAUCAGCGAAGAUGAGCUGAGAAGAGUGGCCGCCUUCAGAGCAAAGCGCCGUUUUCCUGUACUAUCAUGGAUUCAUCCUGAGAGUCAGGCGGCUAUAGUUCGUUGCGGUCAGCCUCAGGUUGGCCCCUCGGACCGCCGCUGCAGAGAGGAUGAGCGAUACCUCCAGACCAUCCUGGAUGCCAACGCCCAGUCGCAUAAACUCUGCAUCUUUGAUGCCCGGCAAAGCAGUGUGGCAGACACCAACAAAGCCAAAGAUGGCGGCUAUGAGAAUGAGAGUUUCUAUCCUAAUGUGGAGCUGAACUUUCUGGAGAUUCCCAACAUUCAUGUAAUGAGGGAAUCCUUGCGCAAGUUAAAGGAGGUGGUAUAUCCUGCUAUUGAUGAGCAGCGGUGGUUCUCCUCUAUAGAUGCCACACACUGGCUGGAGUACACCAGGCUGUUAUUGGCUGGUGCUGUAAAGAUUGCUGACAGAAUUGAGUCUGGGAAGACCUCAGUAGUGGUACACUGCAGUGAUGGAUGGGACCGCACAGCACAGCUCACCUCUCUGGCCAUGCUGAUGCUAGACUCACAUUACCGCUCGCUGAGGGGCUUCCAGGUGCUGCUGGAGAAAGAGUGGCUCAGCUUUGGACACCGCUUUGCCUCGCGCGUAGGACAUGGGGAUGAGAACCAUGCUAACUCGGAGCGCUCUCCUCUGUUUGUGCAGUUCAUAGACUGUGUUUGGCAAAUGACCAGGCAGUUCCCCUCUGCGUUUGAGUUCAACGACCUGUUUCUUAUUACCGUUAUGGAUCAUCUCUACAGCUGCCUGUUCGGGACAUUCCUCUACAACAGUGAGCAGGAACGUGUUUCAAAGGAAGUGUUUAAUAAGACUGUGUCACUGUGGUCCUACAUAAACACUCAGGCUGAGGACUUCACCAACCCACUUUAUAUGAACUAUGAACAUCAUGUUCUGUACCCUGUAGCCAGCCUCCGGCACCUGGAGCUCUGGGUCAGCUACUAUGUACGCUGGAACCCUCGCACAAGGCCACAGGUGCCUGUUCACCAGCAUGUGAAGGAACUGCUAGUGAUGAGGGCGGAGUUGCAGAGGAGAGUGGAGGAGCUACAGAGAGAAGCCUCUUCAUCUCGCUCCCUCUCCUCAUCCUCAGACCUUGGGGGAACAGCUAUGCACACCACCGUAUGAUAAAUCUACAGGAACAGAGCGAAUGAAACUAGCCACUAAAAUAUUUUCAGGCUUGCAAUGCAUUGUCCAAAACAAUACUCUUCAGCCUUUAAUGUCCAUUUCCCUAAUUCCUUCUUAUUUAUAAGAGGACCAUGCCUGUGUAAUGAAUUUAAUGUGUGAGAUAAGCUCAUAUUUCAUCUUAAUCAUGUGCACAUAAGUUUGGAUACACCUGGUCAAAUUACAUCUUGAUUUUCUAAGUGAAAAUAAGUGAACACAUCCUGUACAGAGAACACACUUUUGCACAUUAUAACACAGAAUUACUGUUUAUUUGCUGAAUUUAAAAGAAAAGAAACAUAAAACUGGCCUGUGCAAAGGUUAUGGCACGUUUUAUAUGGUAUGUUACUUUCACAAAACAUGAAAUGUGACCAGGAAGGUUAAAACCUUUGCAUAUGACUGUAUACUUUGGUGGAUAGAUGGCAGCUUUUUCAGUGCUGGUGGGCCCCUUUGCACCAUGACAAUGUGGUUGGGCUGCCACCUGGUGGACAUACAGUAAUGGAUUGUGGGUGUUUCCGCAUAAGUGCACAAAGUAAUAUUUUAGAUUUUAUCAUUAAGAGUUUAAGGCUGCUUAUUUACAAACCUGGAAAAAGCUAUAGGAAGUAACUCCAGGGUUGCCUUCAGCCAUGUUAACAAUAAAACUGUUCUCAGCUAAAAGACUUCUGCCUUAUGACCAAGACCAUCUCAUGUACUACUGUUUUAGUGACAAAUUCCCCUCAGUGUAUAUUUACAAUGGCAAACAGUGUGCUACUACAUGCCCAUAUCAAAUUACCUUGAUCUUGCAAGCUUUUAAACAAGGGGGACAUGUGUAUUUAUCAUGUGUGUUAUGACUACCUGUAUUAACAUGGCUAAAGUUUGACAGCAACAGUGUGAACUCCAGUAAUGUGUCAGGUGCCAUCAACUGCUUGUCAAUACUAAUAUACUGUGUUUCAGAGUUUGGGAUUUUUGUAUUUUUUUGUAUGUCCAAUACACUAAAUGCCCAAA